GGUGGUUACAUCAGCUUCCUGUCUUCCAGUUCCAUAUACCUCAUUGUUCGUUCACCCUCUCUCUUAAAUUCUUCUUUCUCUCUCUAUUUUGACAGGUAAGGAAGCGAGGGAAAAUAUUAGGAUACUGUCUCGGAAAGUCCUUUGAUGAUUACACCUAUUCAGAUGAUCACCAAAUUAUUCCGAUCUUAUAGACAGAAAUUCAGAGCGGCCCUAAAAGCUCUGCCGGACUCUGCUGGCUUGACACAACAAGGGAGAGAAGAAGAAGAAAAAGGCGUAGAUGGCAUUGAGAAAACAAUGACUUCCGCCUUUCUGCUUACCGAACUGGAAGAACAUGAAUUGGAUUUGACUAGUAAGUUGCCUGAUGAUGUUGUUAUCCACCUGCUGUCCUUCUUGAACCUCAAGGAAGCUAUUAGAACUUCAGUCCUCUCUGGUAGGUGGAGAGAUUUGUGGAAAUCAGCCAAUUUGGCGCUGGACUUCGAAGCCGAAAAGGAGCUGCUAGAUAUAUACAAUGGGUGGAUUAUUUUUGACGAUCAUGCAAUGGUAAAAUACAGGAUGUGGUACAAGAAUGCGGUGAAUGGGGUAGUGAGGCAGCUACAGCAGCACAACAGGGCCACAAAGCAUACAAAGUUCCGAGUUGGAUUUACCUUGACUAAUCCAUCCAAUUAUGACGGGGAUAUAGAUAGAUGGGUGGAGUAUGCAAUAUCAAAGAGAGUUGAAUGUCUUGAUCUAACCUUCUAUGUGCGCUGUAAAGGGGAUACAAGAAAGCUGUAUGUUUUCUCAGAGGCGUGUUACAAUCACAUCAAGACUCCAGAUGGGCUGUCAGAUGUCAAGUCCCUCAGAUCCUUGCGUCUGAAUUGUGUGGCAGUCCGGACCGACAUCCUUGAACAUUUCAUUUCUAGUUGCCCCUUACUUGAAGAGUUAGCUGUUGCCCGAGCGUCAAAUUCCCUGAAAAAGCUCAGGGUUGUGGGUUCAUCUCAAUCACCACUCCGAUUGAAGUACUUGGAAUUAAGAUACCUCGAUUAUCUGAAAUCCUUGGAGAUUGAUCAUACUCCUUGCCUCGUCCGCUUAAUAUAUGAUGAAUGUCUUCGUAUGGAAGAAUUGCGAGUGGGUAACUGCCCGGGUCUCGUGGAUUUGAACUUAGGUUUACACAGUAGAUACAAUUUUGCAUUUGAAGCGUUUUCUGGAUGUGCUAGUCAAUUGAAGUCCCUUUUGCUGAAGACCAAUUCUAUAUUGGGCAAGCUGCUCUCACAUGUGGCUGAACACCCACAUCUCGAGCGGUUGAUGAUCCAGGUUAACGGAGGGGGCAAUCGUAGCCUCGUUGAGUUGAUCCCUUUGGUCAAUGCUUGUCCUCGUUUGCACACUCUGCAAGUGUUUCUGCACACAAGUAGGUGUGCCUUUGAGUUCUGCGAUCAAGACGUAGUGCAUACUAAAAUGACUCGUGAAAGCAUCAAAGUUGUGGAGAUUGUUGGAUUCAGGGGCUAUGAAAUGGACUGCCAGCUCGUUGAGUAUAUUAUGGAGUAUUUCGUGGGGUUAAAGAGAAUAGUGAUAGAUCGAGCGAUUGAAACUCCCUUCUUCUAUGAUGAAUGGCUUUUCGGCGGUAAGAAAAUCAAGGCUUGCACGCAGGCAGAUGCCGAUGAUGCUGAAAAGCUUGCAUUGGGGUUCAAAUCAAGAGCUCCUCCAGCACUUGAAUUCAUUGUAAUUUGACUAUAGCUUCCGCUCGUUGGAUGGGAGGGUUUGUAUUUGUUUGUGUUUUGUUGUGUACAGGCCUGCAAUAGAUCUUCUGACAAACCCUUUUAGCAAACUAUGUUGAGGGUUUCUCUACUAACUUUAUCUAAACACUCUGCAAUGGCUUCUCAUAUUAAAGAUUUACAUUUUUUACCAAUCUC